UCCUGCAACUAGAAAAAGCAAAGGAGCCAAAAGUGGAAUAACGUGUGGAUCUUCUUCUUCUUCCUCCAACAUGUUCGUCCAAAUCUCACCUUCACUGUUCACUCUCUACUCUCCACUUCUCUCGCUUUUUCCCCAAAGUAGCUAUCUUCUUCACCAAUAUCCAUGUCUCUUCUGAUCAGAUCCUCCUCCUACGUCUCUCACCUCACUCUCUUCCAACCUAGAAAUUCAAAACCGUCCUCUUUCACCAAUCAAAUCUCCUUCGUUUCUUCUUUCAAUCAAAACCCUUUUCUCAAUUUGGUCUAUAAACGAAACCCAAUAAUGCAAUCUGUUUCGAAAAUGACUGUUAAGAGCUCAUUGAUUGAUCCCGACGGUGGUGAAUUGGUGGAAUUGAUUGUACCGGAAUCUGAAAUCGGAGCGAAGAGAGCUGAAUCAGAGACGAUGCCGAAAGUGAAGCUGACGAAGAUUGAUCUUGAGUGGGUUCAUGUGAUUAGUGAAGGCUGGGCUAGUCCUUUAAAAGGGUUCAUGAGAGAAGAUGAGUAUCUACAAAGUUUGCAUUUUAAUUCUCUUAGAUUAAAAAAUGGGACUUUUGUGAAUAUGUCUCUUCCUAUUGUUCUUGCUAUUGAUGAAGAGACUAAGGAACAAAUCGGAUCAUCCAAGAAUGUUGCUCUUGUUAGCCCUCAAGGAGAUAUCAUUGGUUCUCUUCGAAGUGUGGAGAUAUACAAACACAACAAGGAAGAGAGGAUAGCUCGGACUUGGGGAACUACUUCUCCAGGAUUGCCUUAUGUGGAAGAAUAUAUUAGUCCAUCUGGAAACUGGUUGAUUGGUGGUGAUUUAGAGGUUUUUAAGCCGAUUAAGUAUAAUGAUGGGCUUGAUCAUUACAGGCUAUCUCCUAAACAGCUUAGGGAAGAGUUCGAUAAUCGUCAAGCGGAUGCUGUUUUUGCCUUUCAGUUAAGGAAUCCGGUGCACAAUGGACAUGCUCUGUUGAUGAAUGAUACCAGGAAAAGGCUUUUGGAUAUGGGUUACAAGAAUCCUAUUCUCUUGCUUCAUCCUUUAGGAGGUUUCACAAAAGCUGAUGAUGUUCCUCUUGAUGUUAGAAUGGAACAACAUAGCAAGGUUCUAGAAGACGGAGUUCUUGACCCGAAGACUACUAUUGUCUCGAUAUUUCCAUCACCGAUGCACUAUGCUGGUCCAACUGAAGUUCAAUGGCACGCCAAGGCAAGGAUUAACGCUGGUGCUAAUUUCUACAUUGUAGGUCGUGAUCCUGCAGGAAUGGGCCACCCUACUGAGAAGAGAGAUCUAUAUGAUCCUGAUCAUGGAAAGAAAGUCUUAAACAUGGCCCCUGGACUUGAGAAACUAAAUAUUCUUCCAUUUAGGGUUGCAGCUUACGAUACAAUCGAGAAGAAAAUGGCGUUUUUCGAUCCCUCUCGUGCAAAAGAGUUUCUUUUCAUUUCUGGAACAAAGAUGCGAACUUAUGCAAGAACAGGGGAGAAUCCUCCAGAUGGGUUUAUGUGUCCGAGUGGAUGGAAUGUUCUUGUUAAAUACUAUGAGAGCUUGCAAGAAAGCGAAGCUAAACAACAAGCCGUUGUUUCAGCGUAAGGAAUCCAAUUGCAUCUCUUUCAAAACUGAAGCUCCUUAGUGAUCUAUAUGAGGCUUUUGUUUCACCUUUCAUUGUUUUGUUUAAGCUACUACCUUGGAUCUAUGUUUUUGUCUUCAUGGAGGGAACUCGCAAAUGUUUUCCAAACUCUAAACCAAAUAAUGUUCUGGUUGACGAGAGAAGUUUGUUAAUAAUAAUCGUAAGGUCAGAUACACUAUUCAAAUCUUUUUACCAUAGAUCCAAAAUCAUGAUUCAACAAUA